GUCUUGUGGAAUUACAGUACUGCUAUCAAGGCAUAUUAAGGAGGCCGUGCAGAGGAACCACUGACAGCUGAUACAUGCUUGUCCCUGCCAUAUGCGACCCUAGAUCCGGACUACAUUGCGUUCUUGCAGUCGUUGAAUUCAGAACCCAGCGAGGCCGACAAGGAGAUGAAACUUUCAGGAACAGAGCUGCUACUGAAAGAGAGUGCAAUAAAUCCGAAAUCAACACCAUUGCUGGAGGCAUUGAGGGCGCAAAAGGCCGCAGCUCAAGCAAAGGCGCAUGCAGCAAAAUCGGCCACCAGACAAGCGAGACAGGCAGGAAAAGCAGGUCUAUCCAGCUCUAGCAAGGCGCAGAUCAUAAUCCUCGCCAACAGAAACGCUAAAGAUCGUGCACAGACCUCGAGUUCACCCAGUGCAGCCAUCAAAAACCAGCAGAGUCAGCAAAUCCCACCAUCGCAGCAACAAAUGCAACAAGGAAAAAAGCCCGUGCAGACAGCAGAGGCUGAAAAUGGUCAAGGAGCAAAGCCCAAGCGUGAGAGGAGACGCAGAGACCGAGGCAGCAAGAAGGUGGCUGCGGACGCUGCAGCUGCUAGUAAUACAGCUGGAGAGCCUACGGCGCCUCAAAUUACCCUCUUGAAACCCAAGCCAGCAAGCAACGCUAACACUAACUCACUCGCCUCUGCUGGAUCUGGUUCACAGAGCGGUCAACCCCAUACUGAAUCCAAGCCUAUCAACAGUGUGACAUCUCAAGGGAGCCAAGGAUCAGCCAGCUCAGGAACACGUCGCGGACUUCAAAAUCAAGGCGGACAGCUACAACAGCAACCAGGAACAAGUUCUGCUUCCAAAAAGGACGGUGCGCAGGCCUCCACCACAGAUAGCGCACCAGGACGUUCUGGUCGAUCCCGCAGAAAUCGAGGAGACCGUGCAAAGCAGGAGCCGAAAGCUGUCGCAGGCAAUGUGCCAAGUAGCAAUAGCACUAACAACAACACCAGCAACAACAGCGGUGCAGUAGUGAGCAACGCGCCUGCAUCCGGAAACAAGGGAGGUGGACAAGGCGGUGGAGGAUCGGCUCGGUCAGGACGUACCCGCCGUGGCCGUGGGGGUGGCGGAGGCGGACAGGAGAGUUCCUCUGGUCCCUCAGUUCAGGGUCAGCAUGUGUGACGGAUCCACGACUGGACACAAUGCAGGGCGAUCCACCGAGAAGCAUUGCAGGGGACACAUUCACCUCAGUGUAUAUAUCUGGUAUUCGUGAUAUUCACGGAGCCCUGGAAUGUCAUGUUGGGAUCGGCACGACUAUGACCUAAGAAGGUGGCACUUUUCCUUAGUAUUCGCCCUACACCCACCCACCCUCACCUCAAGGAUUUCGCCUUAUUCUUUUUUUUUUUUUUGGCAACAAGAUUGAUCUUCCGUUCAAGAAACAUUCGUAGCUCAAUUGCUGACAGG